CAGGACCAGGAUGUUAGCUACUGCCUGUGGCCUUGCUCUGCCCUCAAUAAGUCACUGCCUGCUUUCAUCCCUAGCCAGUGACAUGGGGUGAGCCCUGCAUCUGAGGUUUCUAUCAUAUGCCAUUACUAACCCUUUCAUUGCAGAACUGCCCUGUGCUUCCAGCAUGAGAUGACUGUAUCUACACCUUCCUUGUUUAACCGGGAUUGAGGAAAUUGCAGACACCAUGGCUUGGAGAGCACUCAGCUGUUUGCUAUUCUUUAUUGAGAAAGGCAGAAGCUCUUAGGGGUGAACAAGAGGUCCCAGCUGUGCACUAUCCUGGGUCUCUGUCCCAUUCUACACAAUGGUGAUGGAGAGACACCUAAUAGUUGAUACCAUCAGUAAUUCCUCUUGUGAUGCAAUGCAGAAUCCCUGCAGUGUGACAACUGAUCUGAAAUGGCAGACAGAUCCAAAGUCUUUAAGAAAACCAGCCCCAAUGCAAAGCUCUCCAUCUACCUGGGGAAGAGAGAUUUUGUGGAUCAUGUUGAUUAUGUAGAACCUGUAGAUGGUGUCAUCUUGAUUGAUCCUGAAUAUCUGAAGGAUAGAAAAGUUUUUGUGACCCUGACAUGUGCAUUCCGCUAUGGCCGAGAUGAUCUGGAUGUUAUCGGUUUGAGCUUCAGGAAGGAUAUCUGUGCCAUGGCCAAUCAGAUUUAUCCUUCUGUGCCAAAACAGGCACCAGCAACCCUCACUCCAUUGCAGGAAAAGCUGAUGAAGAAGUUGGGCGAGAAUGCUUACCCUUUCACUUUUGAGAUUCCAACCAACUUGCCCUGCUCAGUCACUCUCCAGCCAGGGCCAGAUGAUGCUGGAAAGGCCUGCGGAGUGGACUUUGAAGUCAAAGGAUUUUGUGCUGAAAAUCUGGAGGAGAAAAUUCACAAGAGGAAUUCAGUGAGGCUGGUGAUCCGAAAAGUCCAGUUUGCUCCACUAAACUUGGGUCCAGCCCCAAAGGCAGAGACUACUAAGCAGUUCAUAAUGUCUGACAAGCCACUGUACCUUGAGGCCUCGCUGGAUAAAGAGAUCUAUUACCAUGGUGACCCAAUCAGUGUCAAUGUUAACAUCAACAACGCCACAUCCAAGAUUGUGAAAAAAAUUAAAAUAACAGUGGAGCAGAUCACAGAUGUGGUUCUCUUUUCAUUGGACAAAUAUACCAAGAUUGUAUGUAAUGAAGAGAUAAAUGAAACGGUGGCUGCCAAUUCCACCGUCUCUAAAAGCUACACAGUGACCCCCACCCUGGCCGCCAACCGUCAGCAGCGUGGCCUGGCACUCGAUGGCAAACUGAAGCAUGGGGACACCAACCUGGCCUCCAGCACCAUCCUAAGACCUGGCAUGGAGAAAGAGGUUCUGGGGAUCCUGGUCUCCUACAUUGUGAAGGUCACCUUGGUGGUAUCCAGAGGAGGCAUCCUGGGAGAUCUCACUUCAAGUGAUGUUGGUGUUGAGUUGCCACUUAUUCUCAUGCACCCAAAGCCAACUGAUGGUGAGUGAUUAAGCUACAAUACCAUUUCCAUGAAAGAAAUAGCAGGAAGGAAUAAGAUGCAUGUUCACAGGGGGGCAUCAAAAGACUUACAACAUUUUUUCCCCUUUGGCCUGUUGAAGCAGCUCAUGAAAAUGAACUCAAAUUGAAACGAACCCUAAAGCCUUCUCCAAGGGGAGCAGUUUGGUUAACCCUUCUCCUGUUUCCCUGCUUCUUGUGUGGUUAACAUGGAAGGUCCAACAAUUCUUGAGAGGCUUCUAUUAUUCCCACCCUAAAAUUAAACUGAGCUUCUACACUUUCUGAAACUGGCCGUCACUGGGUUCUCAUGAUGUCCUCUACAGUGUGCUAUUGAUACCAUAAGCAAUGUGAAAAAGCACUGCCUGUGUUUUACAGAGUCCAUUGUGACCCAUGGCUUUAGAAAUAAGAAGAUCUACUCCCACUUACUUUUCAGCCCUGUUCUGCCUAUGUAAGGCCAUGCAGCAAGUGCAAACUAUAAAAUGCUUCAGGGAAUGUUUGCAAAGGGGUUGCUAUGCCUCUAGAUUUUGACAGGACCAUCUUGUUUCCUUCAAGCUUGGUUUGCAGAAGAUGUAUCAUCAUCAUCAAAACUGAAUAUUGCAUUUUAACAUCAAUGCCAUAGGUUUGUGUUGAAGGAACUAAUUGUAGGGGUGGUAAUCUUGUGGCCAGCCAAGAGCUGAGGCCAUUCAUUUGGGGGAUUAUUAGUCCCAUUUUGCAAUUGCAGAUUUGAACCACUAACCACAGGACAAAGAAUGGGUGGUCUGUGAACUAAACUUGAUGCUUAUUUAGCAUAAUUGAAAGGAAACAGUUAUACUAAAUCUGAAACUCAAUCAUGUUUGUAAAAGCAAUGGGAUUAGCCAAGUAUCAACUGAACCUGUUAUCCAAACUUCUCUCAUGAGAGUCUUAUUCACUGAGAGGGAAAAGUAUUGAUUUUUUCUUGAGAGAGAGGGUAUAAAACGUUCAAAAUAUUGCACUCUGUGAAAUAUCUGAUCUUCCACUGUAAUCAGGAAACUAAAAUAGAGCAGCCAUUUUCAGUUCUUUGCCUCAGAACGUGUCCUUCCUUCAGAAACAUAUCAACACCAAGAAUAUGUGCUUUUUGAAAUGUCUGUCUCAAACUAAUUAGUGUCGAUUUUUCUUUGCUGCUUUGUGGUGCAUUUACAACUGGACCAUAGACGUGCCAAGGUAAGACAAAGUCUUUUCAGAGUUUAUACUGCCAUUUUCUAUAAACAUUGUUAAGUAAACUCAUCAAACACAGCUGUGAUGAAAUAAUAUGCUCCAAGUCCAAUGUGUGGUUACGGAGCCAUCCUAUGACUAUCUGAGACGAAAAGAUACAGGCCUUGAAGACUUGUAUUCUUGCAUCAGAACAGAAACUGUGUGACAUUAUAGCUAAAAUGAGAAACCAGAGAGGGCCAGGAGAAAUCACUGCUGAGCAAGGGCAUAUGUUUUGUAGUUUCACUUUAUUUUGAGGGUUUCUGAUUUUCCUUCCCUUUGUGGAAAUCAGAAGACUCUGUUGUUCAAGACCCAAAUCUUUACACUACUUCAUUGUUUUCUGGAAAGAGUUCCUGUCAGUGACUCAGUUUCAUUGGUUUAUGCGCUGCAUGGAGCUCUGGUAAAUUUUCUCUGUGCUAGUCCAGAUUUCCAUCUCUGGCACCUAUCAGCACAGCUGGGGACACAGACAAUAGCUGUCCCAUUGCUGUUGUUUUCUUGGUAAUUCCAGCAGACUGUAGGUCAUUGAAGUUCAGUGGCUGCUGGAAGCUGUGCUCAAAAGACACUGGCCUAUAAGCAAAUUGCAACCUAAAAAAAAAAAGUACAAUUGUAUGCGGAGAGACCAGAUGGAUUCUUUACAGCAGUAAAUCCUGUAGCUAUAGUAACUGGCAUAGGAAGUAAUUAAAACACCCAAGGACUAUCCCAACAGUACCUAAACCCAGGAGGAGAAUUCCACCAAAUCCCACCACAUGCCAACAGGCUGAGUUAGCCUUACAAGAUGAAGGCCUGCAUUCCCCUGGUAAUUCUGUUUAGCUCCAGGAUAAUCUGUCCAAAUCAUUUCUACUGUAGAAGUCCACUUCUACAGCUGGCAGAUAUCUGUGUCAAUCAAAGUUUAACUCCAUUACAAAAACGCCCUCUGAGAUAUCCCACCAUGCUAAGUCCAUCUGUAGCAUUGUGAUGUGCAAGCCACAGAUUCCAUCUGCCCAGGAAUUUGAUCCUUCAUUGCAGGACCAUGAAAGUCCCAUGUUUUUGUCUUGUUGCAUCCUGGAAGCUGCUACUGGGAGAGAGAUGCUGCUGCUCAGGAGAUGUGCAUAGACAUGCAUGAAAAUCAGAAUAUUUUGAGGACAGGUAGAGCCAGGGAGCUCUGUCAAGCAUUUUCACACCAAAGAACAUCUGACUUUGAGGACCCAAUUAGGUUAUUUCCUCCUCUUAGCCAGAAGGACCUUGCUGAUCUGUCCCAUUGCUGCCCUCUUUUAUUCCAUGCAGAAUUUGCUGAGUUAUUUUGAAUUUUUGAAACCUUGUCUUGCUGAUCUUCUUUUCUUCUUUAUUUCCCAUCUGUUUUGUGGCUCUUUCUGCACUUCUCUUACCAGGAGGUACCUAAUACUUUCUCUGUCCACUUUUUGGGUUUUGAUAUAAUCCUGUGAUUUAAGAAAUCUCUUUAGAAGCAGGGGGUGUAUGUAUGCAUCACUGAGGGUCCUGGGUUUAACAGCAUUGCCAUUUCUGGUAGAAUGCCUGUUGAACAACUACUUACUGUUCACCAGCCCAUCUGGUGUAUUGCAGUCAGUGAAUUCUUUACAGCAGGAAGUCCUGUAGCUGAAGUAAUCAGUGCAGGAAAUAAUGAAAAACACCAAGAACUGUUCUAACAGAACACAUGGCACCAACCUCACCUGCAAGUGUUCAGAGUUCCCUUGGGUUGAACCUGAGUGUGUAGAGGCAACAAAGCAUUCCUGAGCUGGGAAGGUACACAGAGGAGUCCUCUGAGACCGGCUAUUAACAGAAUGGGCGUUAGCUGGGUGUUGAGUCCAUGUUAGGACUCUGGAACUAGUCCUUUUGGUCUGAGAAGGGGCUUUGCCCUUUUCACUGCCCUCCUUAGGACUUUCAUACUGUGCUGCCAAGGCAGAUGGUGUUUCACCAAAGGCCCAGUUCUGAAACCUUACCAUACUCUGUUCUGCUUUGCAGUGAGGAGGACAUUGUGAUAGAGGAAUUUGCUCGCCAGAAUCUCCAGGGGGAAAAGGAUGAUGAAGAUGACAAGGAGGAAGCUGACAAAGAAGGAAGUUAACUUGCUACCUGGCCAAACUAGAGUAGUGACCAGUCACCAAUCUAGUACACCAGAGCGUGGGACAUAGAUCUGGUAGUGCAGUCUACAAUGUGCUGUGAAAGUACUCAAACCAGUGUUAUAUUUGUGAUGUAAUUAAUUCUUGUAUCUACUUUCCUUCUCACCCCCCCCAACUGAUCAUUGCACUAGUCCUGAUUCCAAUGGCAUAAACAGACCAUAUAUGUACUAGUGAUAAACAGUAACACUCUUUGUAUGAAAUUGUCAUGUCUUGAUAGAACAGGAGUCUAAGCCAUUUCCACUCACCAGCUGACAGACCUUUAUAAAUAAAAGGUUCAAUUAGA